AUGGCCCCGCGUCGCAGCUCGGGCGGAAGCUCCAGUAGCUACAGCAGCUACUAUAACGAUAACCCAUGGUCUCAAGAUAUUCAGUUCUCCUUGGACGUGCUCAGAUCAAAGACUCUGUUCAUCGCGGGCUUUGCAUUCGACGUGCUCACCAUUCUCGCCCUGAUCGGUUUCCUCAUCUGGACCUGCUUAAUCCACAAUGGCCGAGGCCAGCUGAAGGGCGUUUUGCCUGCUCUGCUCCUUUACUUGGCAUCCAUGUUGACGAUUCUGGUUUAUGAGAUCUUUUUCUUCGCUAAUGCCAAUGUUGAAAUGUACUAUGUCAUUGACCUGAUGCUGAACGAGUUCUUCUACCUGGUCGCUGGCUGUCUCAUCUUCUUCAUCUUCUAUCAUCUCAUCCACAGCGUGCUGGAUCGCCUCACUGAUGCUGGCAAGCCAUAUGCCGUCGUGGCGAUCAUCCACUGGGUCAUUCUUGGUCUGGUGUCUGUCGUCUCCCUCGCCACUUUUGCUUUGUACGUUGCCUUCCAGGUGCAGAUUGUCCAGAACGACUACUUCUCGCCCCUUACAAGCUCGUACAACAAUCUGGAAGCCGCACGCGCUAUCAUCUGGUGGAUUCUCUCGCUGGAGGUUGUCGCUUGGUUCAUUUUCAUUGUGGUCAAGGCUGGAUCGCACCGAUUUGCUUCCAAGUUCCCCAUCUUCUCCCUCCUUGGUGGCAGCAUCGCCUGGAUGGCACUAAACCUGACAUUCGCCGUCGUCUACAUCCGCUACUCUCUCGAAAAUACCACGCAGCCAAACUACCUGUCCUGCGUCCAGUCCGUCCUCCAGUUCUUCUUCAUCGUGGGCACGUUUGUGGGCAUCUUGCUUGCCUGCUCGAAAUGGCGCAGCGUCGAUGAUCGCGAGGACAAGAACAUGGUUGCGCAAUACCACUACGGUCCUGGCCCGUACCCGACCUACCAGGCCUACCAGGCCUACCAGCAACAAAACCCGGUGCUUGUGCAGCAGCCCUAUCAACAACAGCACUACCAGCAGUCAUACCCGCAGCCGGCUCAGCAGGAUUAUCAACAGCCUGUCGCUCAUACCCCCCAGCCUGAGCAGCAGCGACAGGAGAACUAG